UAGCUUCUCAUGGGAAGGAGAUGCCGACAUCUGGACACGCCCUCCCUCAGCCUCAUCCUCGGGACUGGGGGUUUGCCCCAUGCCCUUGUGCAGUCACAGGUCCCAGUGGCCAUUAGGGCAGCCGGCAGUAAAGCGUGAGCAGGGCUCUGGGUCUGUCUUCCCGUGUGGGAAGGCUCCACUGGCCUCUGCAACAGGAAGCCUGAUGGGUUGGUUCUCAGUUCUGGGGUUCUUAAUCUGUGGACUUUCCAUUGUGACACUCCAGAGAAUGCUGGUGCCAAGAGGAGCACACAGCACUCUGCAAGGACCUUUGGGCUUCUGUGGCCUGUGCGGAACCUGUGGGCAGAGAGGAUGGCUGUCCUGCCUGCUCAGCCUCAUUAGGGUGCACUCCUGGUGCUGGGCCAGGCCCAGGGGAAGGUCACUGUGCCCGGCAGGGGCUUCCUGCUCAGGGAGUGAAGCAGGAUGUGGUGCAGGAGUUGGGCAUGUGGGUGGGGCACAGCCCUGGGUCAAGGACUGGAGGAACUGCUGCCUGAAUGCGUGCUGCCGGGGCAGGCCUUGGCCACUGUGCCCAGAAGUGUCUGUCAGGAGGUAGUGACCUGGGACCCCAUGGAACAGCCUAGGCAGGUGGCCCAGGGGUCUGCCAUGCAGGUCCCCGGGCAGACACAGACGCUCCUAUGCAAUGAUGAGUUGGCAGACGUCGCCUGGCUUCUCUCCACCUCACGCAUUUGGCGGGGGUGGGGGGGGGUGCCGGAACCUUUCUUUCUGCCGGGGUCACAUUUGCCAGGACAUAAAAAGUUACCAGUCCUGUCAGCCACCGAUAAGUGUAUAGGACGGGUGUCUACCUUGUCAGGGGCCAGUGCCACACAUAGCCACUGGGCAGAGACCCCCCCCGACCCCUGGGGCACAUAAGAGCAUGCUCUGCACAGUUAAUUUUUAAUAUUUAUGUUUGCUUAUGUGCUGUGGGGCUGGAAAUUGAACUCAGAACCUUGAGCAUGCUAGGUAAGUACUCUACCACCUGUUUGUGCCCCAAACCCCUAUCAGGGGUCUUACUAUGUUGUCCAGCUGGCUGUGAGCUCCAGGUGCCCCUCCCACCUCAACCAGCUAAGCAGCCAGGAGCACAGGCUCAGGCUGCCACACCUGCCAGCCUUUUAAAUAACUUACAAACAGAGUUAAGAUGGGGGCCACUGAAGUUUGAACUUGGGACCUCACUCUCCUCUUAAGCCAUGCUCCCAGCCCUCUUCACUUUCAUUUUUGGAUAAGGCCUCAGGCUUUGCCAGGGACCAGCCUCAAACCAUGACUGUCCUACACAUGCAUCCUGCACAGCAGGGGACCCGGGUGUGUGCAUCACGCUAUGCUUCUCUGCUUAGAAGCUAACUUCUCAAUAACUUGGUGCCUGGUCUGGGCUCCUCUCAAUCUCCUGACUAGCUGAGAUUACCGGCAUGUGCCAUCAUGCCCAGCCCAACAUUGUUAGUUGAAUGAAUCAUAAGCCAAAUGCCUAACUCAAGGGUUGCGACUUUUCCUGUGGAACUGUUGUCUCACUACACACCCUCGCCUUGGCCUGGCCAAGUGAGACGUAGGAAUUUAGUCUUCCUGCUGUUGUUGUGGUUUGAACUUGAGUCAUGGACAGAGUCCUACAUUUAUGUGGGCCAAUCUGGAUAUCAGUCUUCUUGUUUGCACUUCCUAUGUUCCUGGGAUCAUAGGCCAAGCUGCCCAACUGUUGGUUGAGGGAGGGGUGUCUAUUUUUGCUGAGACUAGUCUCAAACCACAGUACUGAGUAUUUGAGAUUACACACAUGAGCCACUGUGCCUAGACUUUCUGGGUGUUGUUAAAUGUGAAACGUUUCUAUUUUUAAAGGGAUUUUGAUACUCUCAUUGCUAUGACAAAUACCAGAGGUAAGCAACUUAAAAGGAAGAAGGGUUUAUUUUGGCUCACAGCAUCAGAGGCUUUAGACUCUGGUGGAUUGGUCCCACGCUUUGGGCCAGUGGGUGGGCAAAAGCACUUGCCUCCCAGUAAGUAGCCAGGAAGCAGAGAGGAUUGGCUGGUGCCCUCAGGGCCCUCUGGAGGUGUGCAUUGCAGUGACCUCACUUCUAGGCUCUACUGUCUCCCAGUGGUGGCCAGGCUGGAGAGGCUGCUUUGAACACAGGGCUGGUUAAGAUCCAGACCCUAACGUGUGGUUUGUUCCUAAUACUAGCUGUGCUGCUCAUUAAAGAGCAGUGGGCGCUGUCGUUCUAGCAUUCGAAUGCCAGACUCAGACCCAUGCCACCCACCUGCCUGCAGCCGUGGGCAUCUGUGCUGUCCCAAGUGUCAGAGGACCUGGUUGUGUUGGAUCUGGUGAUGGUGCUGUCAGGUGGAUGGCUAUGUGUGGAUCUGGUGAUGGUGCUGUCAGGUGGAUGGAUAUGUGUGGAUCUGGUGAUGGUGCUGUCAGGUGGAUGGAUAUGUGUGGAUCUGGUGAUGGUGCUGUCAGGUGGAUGGCUAUGUGUGGAUCUGGUGAUGGUGCUGUCAGGUGGAUGGAUAUGUGUGGAUCUGGUGAUGGUGCUGUCAGGUGGAUGGAUACGUGUGGAUCUGGUGAUGGUGCUGUCAGGUGGAUGGAUACGUGUGGAUCUGGUGAUGGUGCUGUCAGAUGGAUGGAUAUGUGUUGGAUCUGGUGAUGGUGCUGUCAGGUGGAUGCGUGUGGAUCUGGUGAUGGUGCUGUCAGGUGGAUGGAUAUGUGUGGAUCUGGUGAUGGUGCUGUCAGGUGGAUGGCUAUGUGUGGAUCUGGUGAUGGUGCUGUCAGGUGGAUGGAUAUGUGUGGAUCUGGUGAUGCUGCUGUCAGGUGGAUGGAUAUGUGUGGAUCUGGUGAUGGUGCUGUCAGGUGGAUGGAUAUGUGUGGGUCUGGUGAUGGUGCUGUCAGGUGGAUGGGUAUGUGUGGAUCUGGUGAUGGUGCUGUCAGGUGGAUGGAUAUGUGUGGAUCUGGUGAUGGUGCUGUCAGGUGGAUGGAUAUGUGUGGAUCUGGUGAUGGUGCUGUCAGGUGGAUGGAUAUGUGUGGGUCUGGUGAUGGUGCUGUCAGGUGGAUGGAUAUGUGUGGAUCUGGUGAUGGUGCUGUCAGGUGGAUGGAUAUGUGUGGGUCUGGUGAUGGUGCUGUCAGGUGAAUGGGUAUGUGUGGAUCUGGUGAUGGUGCUGUCAGGUGGAUGGAUAUGUGUGGAUCUGGUGAUGGUGCUGUCAGGUGGAUGGCUAUGUGUGGAUCUGGUGAUGGUGCUGUCAGGUGGAUGGAUAUGUGUGGAUCUGGUGAUGGUGCUGUCAGGUGGAUGGAUAUGUGUGGAUCUGGUGAUGGUGCUGUCAGGUGGAUGGAUAUGUGUGGAUCUGGUGAUGGUGCUGUCAGGUGGAUAGAUAUGUGUGGGUCUGGUGAUGGUGCUGUCAGGUGGAUGCGUGUGGAUCUGGUGAUGGUGCUGUCAGGUGGAUGGAUAUGUGUGGAUCUGGUGAUGGUGCUGUCAGGUGGAUGGCUAUGUGUGGAUCUGGUGAUGGUGCUGUCAGGUGGAUGGAUAUGUGUGGGUCUGGUGAUGGUGCUGUCAGGUGAAUGGGUAUGUGUGGGUCUGGUGAUGGUGCUGUCAGGUGGAUGGAUAUGUGUGGGUCUGGUGAUGGUGCUGUCAGGUGGAUGGAUAUGUGUGGAUCUGGUGAUGGUGCUGUCAGGUGGAUGCGUGUGGAUCUGGUGAUGGUGCUGUCAGGUGGAUGGCUAUGUGUGGAUCUGGUGAUGGUGCUGUCAGGUGGAUGGAUAUGUGUGGGUCUGGUGAUGGUGCUGUCAGGUGGAUGGAUAUGUGUGGAUCUGGUGAUGGUGCUGUCAGGUGGAUGGAUAUGUGUGGAUCUGGUGAUGGUGCUGUCAGGUGGAUGGAUAUGUGUGGAUCUGAUGAUGGUGCUGUCAGGUGGAUGGAUAUGUGUGGGUCUGGUGAUGGUGCUGUCAGGUGGAUAGAUAUGUGUGGGUCUGGUGAUGGUGCUGUCAGGUGGAUGCGUGUGGAUCUGGUGAUGGUGCUGUCAGGUGGAUGGAUAUGUGUGGGUCUGGUGAUGGUGCUGUCAGGUGGAUGGAUAUGUGUGGAUCUGGUGAUGGUGCUGUCAGGUGGAUGGCUAUGUGUGGAUCUGGUGAUGGUGCUGUCAGGUGGAUGGGUAUGUGUGGGUCUGGUGAUGGUGCUGUCAGGUGGAUGGAUAUGUGUGGAUCUGGUGAUGGUGCUGUCAGGUGGGUGCGUAUGGACUCUGAGGGCACCUCCCUCUUAUCUCUGGCCUCACUGUCCCUUCUUCGCUGCCUCCUUGAGUGGAAGUGCCAUGGCCUUUUUGCUUGGUAAGCACCUGGAACUUCCUGGCUUAAUAUUUCCUUGGAUGUGCACCUUGCUUUAGCACAUUGCUGGCUUGAAGGGUCUUGGGGCAUUGCUGGCCUGUGUAGGGACCUGGGGCCAUGGGGUCUGCUGUGUUUCUGGCCCUGGGGAAUUCGGCCUUGAGUGUAGAGCACCUAUCUGUGGACCAAGGGCAUGUAUAAGGCAGGCAGUAGGGCCCAUGGCCUGAGACCCCCAUGGGAGAAGAUGGCAAGGUGUCCACUGAGUAGUUUUAAGACAGAGCAUCUGUGCCCUGCCCGGCCCGUCUCUCUCUGCUCAGGAGCCAGUCCAGUGGUGACACACGGGCCACGGCACAGACUUGCUUGCCCACACAGGGCAGGGCUGAGGGCUGAGUGGCUGCUGGGGAGCCCGUCAGAAUCGCAGAGGCUCCAAACAGGCUGUGUAGAAUGUGUGCCGGGCAGCUGUUGAGAGCUGGGCUGGGCCACGUGAAGUGGAUGUCCAGGGCUGUUGGAGUCGCUCUGUGGGGCUCGGCGCUUCAUACUGUCCCCGUUCUCCUUCAGGUCUCUCUCCUCAUUGUGUUUGGAGGGAGGGGGGAAAUCUUUUGAUCAUAGGCGGUGAACUCCACCAUGUUUAGCAUGGGUCCUGAAUGCUCAAAGUGUAAACUAAGUGUGCCAAACGUUG